GCAUACGUCAUAAUCAAAUAUUUUAACCCAAAGCCGUCUCUCUCUAGAGCCAUCCAUCCAUAUUUCUUCUUCGACAAGUCGGAAGGAUAAUUCGUUCCUACUAAUCAAAUCAAAUCUUGGUGUUGUGUCUGAUUGGAAUUUUGUUAGUUAUAAUUCUCCUUCGCCGCAAAUUGAGUUUAGAGUUAUCUCAUCUUGAAGAAGAAGAAUGAAAGUCUCUGUUAUGUGGAGAGGAAACAAAUACACCAUUGAGAUCGAUCCCAACUCUAAUCUUAAGGAUUUGGGUUAUGAAUUGAGAAACUUAACGGGCGUUACGGCGGAGACCCUCCGUCUGAUCGUUCCUCGGUUGAAUGAAAAAGGCUCAAACUUGUUGCUUCCCUUUUCUGACGAGCACUCCUUCUCGAGCUUGCACGAAUCUUCCAUAACUGAGGGCAAAACUAUCAGAAUGAUGGGAGUGACUGAAGAAGAGUUCAAUGGAGUUCAAAAAGAUGCAAUGCCCGACAUGAGAAUACUUGGAUUCGAGGACGAGGAGAGAAGGCUUAGGCUAAAGAAGUUCUCCAGCACUUCAAUCAAGCUCCCACAGGGGCCUUACAUCUUCUGCGCUUUCCGUACUCUUCAACUUCCCGGUAUAGAGUUAAACCCUCCUCCUGCUGAUGCUUUAAAGAGAAUGCACAUGCUUGCAUCCGACCCUGGUAUUAUCGCUAUUAUGAACAAGCAUCGCUGGAGAGUAGGGAUUAUGACAGAACUUGCUCCUGUUGGUUAUGUUGGUGUUAGUCCUAAAUGCCUCCUUGGCUUUAACAAGAAUCAAGGAGAAGAGAUUUCUUUACGUCUUCGGACUGAUGAUCUAAAGGGAUUCAGGAAGUACCAGAGCAUUAAAAAGACACUACUCCAUGAGCUGGCUCACAUGGUAUACACGGAGCAUGAUGAAAAAUUUUAUGCUCUUGAUAGUCAGCUGAACAAAGAAGCUGAGAGCUUGGAUUGGACUAAAUCAAGGGGUCACACUUUGAAUGGAGCGAAAGUAACAAAGGACAUUGAUGAUGAAGAGGAUUUGUUUGAUGAAAUUGGAGAUGAAAACUUUUCUCAGAGGCUUGGUGGAGAUCAAUACGAUGAUCUGGGAAAUGCUCGUGAAUCGUCUGUUGCUGCUGCUUAUCGCCGUCUCUCCCACACUAGUGCUUCGAAACUGAGAGAGGAACCUGAUCCUGAUGACUCUGUUGAUGUUGGAGAUGAGAGUAAACAGCCCAUUCCCCCUGAAGCUCACUCUGAUUCUAGGAGUCAGUUUGAGCCUGAUCCCGACGAUGCCAUUGAAGAUGCAUCAACACCAGAACAUCACUCGGGAUCGCUUGAACCUGAUCCGGAUGAUGUGGAGGCGCGCACAAGUAUAGGGGAAGUUGAAAACAUGGAAAUAUCAAAUGACACAGUUAUGUCGGAUGGUAAUUUGACUAGACCUCCUGGAGAAACCAAUGCAGAAGAAACAAUCAUUGAGGUUGAUGAGCCAGAUCUAGAUGAUAUGGAGAUUCAGAGAAUCCAAGACUCUGUUACCAUCGUCUCUAAUCGUCUCACGAAAGCCAUAAAUGCCAUGAAAACUGGCUUCAACUCCGGUGAAGCAACCAAUGUGCUACAAAUGCUUCUUAAAAUAGUGAGGAACAUCAUUGAGCAACCAAAUGAAAUGAAAUUCAAAAGGCUGCGUAAGGGAAACCCUGCAAUUAAGCGCAAGAUACUCAACUUCCCAGCUGCGGUUGAGAUCCUUUCCGUGGUUGGCUUUGUGGAAGAGAUGGUAUCGGAAGGCACAGGAGCACCAGAACCAUAUUUGGUACUGAAACGUAAUGACCCAGGCCUCUUGUGGAUUGCCAAGUCCAUGAUUGAAUCACACACCACAGGUUCCUAGAUAUUGUAUAUUACGUCCUUUUACUCAUUAAAAACUGUCAUAAAUGUAAGAUUUGAGACUCUGAUUAUAUAAGAAGCGUGGUUCUGUAACACUUAGCAGAAACAUAACAUUUCCUCUAAAUGCAGUGUGCAUUUGUUGAUUGUAAAGCAGAACAAUUACAUGAAAAAGGUGGAAAGAUAAAGGUGUGGUGGACAUUUCACUUAAAA